AUGAGCUCAACAACAUUUGAAGAGCUAGUUUGUUUGGUUGGUCCUCAUGUAACAAGAUUUCCAAGUUUUAGAAAGGAUACUUUAGUUGUUGGUGAAAUAUUAUCAUGUACAUUGAGAUACUUGGCUUCAGGAGAUAGUAUGAUGUCUUUGGUGUACUCUUUCCGUAUGGGUCAUUCAACAAUAUCAAAAUUGAUUUGUGAAUGCUGUUCAGUCCUUUGGCAGGUUCUUGAGAAAAAGGUUUUAUUAACUCCAAGUGUCUUAAAUUGGAAAGAACGGCUAGAGAAUUUGAAGACAAGUGGAAUUUAUGACAUUGUGUUGCAGCGAUUGAUGGAAAACAUAUUGUUCAUCAAGCUUUUUCAAAUGAUGGUACACAUAGUACAGUUUUGUUGGCUAUGUGUGACGCCAAUUAUAAUUUUUUGCUGGUCGAUAAUGGGGCUCCGGGAAGAUGCAGCGAUGGAGGGGUUUUCAGGAGUAGUAAUAUUGGCAAAGCUUUUGCCAAUAAAACAAUACACUUACCUGAACCUAUAG